GUUGUUCAGUUGUUGUUGUCGUCGUCGUCKUGCGGUAUGGUACAACGCGACGGACGAGUAUAAUCGUGAACAGAAUAUUAUUAUAUAUUAAUUAUCGUUGUCGUUCUAUAAAAUAUAAUAUUAUUWUAAUAUCGCUUGAAGACCAACAAGUGAGACGACUAUCAAUUUUAUAAUAAUAUUAGGUUUAUUGUAUCAUUUUCUGAAGCUCAGUGGUGACGGUGUUGUUGUUGUUUAUUAUUGUUGUUGUUGUUGUCGUAAUUAUAAUAAUAUUAUGAUCACCUCCGUCGUCGGAGGCGGCGCGUGGUAACUAGUGGAAAUAACGGCAUAUUGUGCAAUACUAUUCUCGGGGACAAAACGAUUUGAAAUCGACGUCUCUUCCAUAUAUUAUUAUCCGAUGUUAAUAUUAUAAGUGUGUAAUAUACGUUCAUUAAUGGCUGCACUACUCGAGGCUGAUUUCGGUAGAAAGGCAAACAAUAGAUUCGUGAUGUUUUUCUCAAUCGAGUUGUUUACAUAAUACUUUAUCGCGAUUGUAAUAUUAUUAUCGUCAUUAGACGCGGUUUUCCUCACACAUGCAUCRCCACCACCACUACCACCUGCUGCUUAAUCACGUUCUCCACCACCUCUGUCCAUUUAGCGCCAUACACCCGUCGUCCGUCACAACUGCGCACAUUUUUAAUCAAAAACAGAAUAGUGAACGGUGAACGGUAUUGUACAGUGCGCGUGUACGGAGUACGGAGUACGGACGCAAACGAUAACGGGGUUUGAACUAUCGUGUCGCACAGGAAGUCGGAACAACGCUGAACGCAAUUAGUGGACAAUAUCACGGACUAUUCAUAAUUAUCACGUACAGUCAAAUAAUAAUAAUAUCAAAACAAAAUAAUAAUAUCGUACCAAGUAAUUUACCUAUUUCAACGUAAUGGUAAUCACGUGGUAAACGCCUUUCUCCGUGCUGCCAUCGUGUUCGAAAUAGAAAAAAUCACUAAGGGAGGACCGCGCGUGCUUCGUUUACCGCAUUUAUUAUACCAUGGUAUCUUAUACCGACGACGUUUCAGCGUAACCGUUUCGACGRUGACAGCGGCGGAAGUGGCGGCUUUUACCGACGGUCCGAAUCCCGCCCGUUCGGCGGAGGCGGUGACGAUGGCCUCGUCGUAGUUGUUGCUGCUACGACUGCUGCGCCCGCUAUCACGUCACGAUGAUUCGCUGCAAGACGCGCCAGUGAACGCGACGCAAACGUUCUAUGGACAGCAACGACCACCAUCAACAACAACAACAACAACAACAGCGACGGAGGCGGUCGACGACGGCCGUGUUGCUACAGCAGCAUCAACAUCAGCAGCCUGGCGUCAGGUGGCGUGCGGUGCAGCCAGCCAGGAGGAGUUGUUCGGCUGUAACAGAAAGGGACAUGAUGAUGGUGACCACCGGCGCUUGGCAGCCGUCUCGGCAACACUCGUUCACCGCCAAGAGAUCGUCCAGAAUUUACAGAGAAUUGUGUUCGACAUGGAAUUCACGUGUGGGCUCCCAAAACACGAACGCGCCGGCCCACAGAGUUCAGGCGCUGUUCAACGACUURGGAUUGUACCUGACCUCGGCCCAAGUCGCUGAAAUGAUGCAGUGUGUAAUGAAAUGUGCCAAUAGAAAUUCACCGGUAUACAUGACGUUUGGCGAAUUUUGUUUGUUGGCUAGAAAACUCAAAAACGGUCUGGAUAGAGGGAUACCGAGAUCUGUGCAGUUUUCACGGCUGUUGGAGAAAGAUCAAGAGAAACACAUCAGGGAAAUAAAAAAAUACUCGAGAAGUCCCCACAGCUACGACGUAUUCCUGGGCGGCUCCUGCAAUCCAACUACGUGGCGCAAAGACUUAGCCAUACCGUACCUGCAAGAUGCCGGUGUGUCAUUUUACAAUCCGCAAGUGGACCAUUGGAGCCAAGAUCUAAUCGAAAUYGAACACGCUGCGAAGGARAGUGCAACGAUACUAUUCUACGUGAUCGACAGCCAGACCAGAAACGUGGUUAGUGACAUAGAGACAGCCAACUUUGCCGGUAACCACAACAACUUGGUGCUGGUUAUCCAUCCACAAGACGCGAUUGCCGGGUCGGUGGUCGCCGGCGAGUCCAUCUCUUGUCGUGAAGCAGAAGACAUACGCGAGGCCCUGACAGCGCUCCACAAUAUCGCUGCCCACCAAGGGACGCUGGUGUUCGAUAAUAUACUGGAAGGGUUGAACAAUGUCGUUCAGAUUCUGAAAGACAAAAACCGUCAGAGCAACGAUACCAGCGAAGACAAUACUACGUACCGGAAGAUACGUGAUGCAUUUAACAAGUUCAACGUCGAUGCGCCGGGGGAGAUUAACAUUUCCCAUGUGACAAGGGCUAUCCGACUGUUGGCUAAUCAGAAUCUAUCCGAAAACGAUGUGCUAAAUCUGUCACCCGAACACCGUGACAUCAAAGAUGUUGGAGGAAACCAUCAAAUUUAUUUUACGUUUAACCAAUUUUAUGCUAUUGUUUCUAAAUUUCUACAGUUACCAGACAAGAACAAUCUCAAAAACGGAUUUGAUAUCGGGCACUCAUACCAUUUGAAUGUAGAUAGACCAUUAUACUUGUCACACGAGAGUGUUGAAACAACAAGGUCUUUAAAGACAACAGAUAUUUAUCUAGCUGGAGAAAGCGGCGAUGACAUUCGGUGGAGAGAAGACAUUGCUAUUCCCAUGAUCAAAAAAUCUAAUUUAACAUAUCAUGCAGCAUCCAAAACAGAUCUAUCAGUAUUAUUAGAUGCACGUACUUUGUUAUUUGUAAUUCCAAACAAUUCAAGAUCUUUGGCAACCAUGACACUAGCAGCAUAUAGUAUAGCUAAAGGCUGCAGAAUGGUGUUAUGUAUACAGAAUCUCAGUAACGAUAACUGCACAGUUCGCGGUGAAAAGUUGACACAAACAGCAAUCAACGACUAUAACCGCGGACGGGUUUACCUAGCAGAUUUAGCAUCACGAACACGAGUGCCAGUGUUCGAAUCAAUCAAAGAAGCGGUUGAAAUCGCAGUGCAAAAAAGCUUAUAGCAUAAUAUAUUCUAUUUUAUAAAUUAUAAUGCACAUGGAAAAUAAAGACCAUUUAAUUAUUUUAAAUUACAUGAACAUCAACAGAUGUUCAUAAGCAAAAAUGUUUUUUUAUCCAUAGAUAUUAUUUUAACWUAUAAGUACCAAUUUUUUGAAUUUWAUUUWAUUUUUUUUAACUAACAGCUAAGGAAUUA